AGCUCCAUAGCUGGGUCACCUGUGCUUCUGUUCCUGUAGUGUUUUCCCCCCCGCUUUGGCCCAGUUUCUUGAAAUAUCUGGUGUUUUAAUUGAUUACUGAACAUUGAGAAUGAAAAAUUAUAGAAUCCUUAGUGAUGAUGUGUUUUUCCCCAGAGAGGAUUUAAUCUCUUCUCAAAUAGCUGGCUUGAGUAGAACAGGUCGCCUCAGCCCAAUCAGAACUAGGCCAACUUGAGCAAGUGUUGCUUUGCUGGAUCAACAUCUUGUUCUCUCCUACACCUAGGAGAUAUUCUCUGAGAGCAAACCCUGGCGUUUAAUGAGGGCCCUCCUCUUUAGUAUCUCCUAGACUAAUUUUUAUCUCUUCAGCUGGUGAGAUUGCUAAAAACUCUGUUUUGCAUUUGACUUCUUGGCUCUUGCCCUCCACAGCUUAAGCAUUUGGCACAUGACUCAAGGGAAGAUUGCCAAGUGAUGCGCUCACUUUUCUGUGCCUCUCUUUUCUCACAAAACUUGACUCUGAAGCCCUGGCUGCCUUGGCAACCCAGAACUCCAGUUACUAUCUUCCCAACCCACUAAAUUCUGUUGGCUUCUCAGCCUCUUGCUAGCUGCUUUCUCUGUUUAACUUCUGAACUGACGAGGCAAAUGCCCCGUGGGGAAAAACAGCUUGAAGAAUGUUGAAUUCACUUUCCUGACCUCCUUUUCCUGGCAACUCGGCCCCCUCGAAUCCUUCCUGCUUCCUCUCUGCUAGUACCAAGACAGGUGUUUUCUAAAAUAUAUAGAUAUUAUCCAUUGUUUUUCCAACUCUUCUCAGCAGGAGUGUAGGUCUGCUACAAAUUACUCAACAUAGCCAGAAGGGGAUGUCUCUGGUAUUUCAUUUUUUUGGCAUCAUUUAUCUAAGAACAUAAUUAUUAUACUCAAAAUUUGAAGGCAUUUGCUUUUCUCCUCUGUACCCACCAAUCAUAGAGUUUUGAACGAGAUCUUUGUGUCUCUGGUCUCCUUAAACUGUAUUCUUUAAUUGAUAUUUCUACUAUUCUACUCAGGAUCUAGCUAUAUUUGAGAUUAUGUUAUCAUACGGUGUUCUGUUCUUUGAGAAGGGGUAAUAGGAGGAAAAUAUUAAAAUUUACAUUUAUACUGCCUUUGGCUAUAAACUGCCUGAGAGACUAUGAUUUUCUACUUCUUUCCCUUUAUAACUCUCAGUCUUGAGUAGUAAAUAUUGGAGACAAUUGACAUAGUAAUAAAGUACUCCAGAUGCCUUUUAUUUAAUUAUCAUAAAAACCACUUGACGAUCACCUCAUAUUUUUAUAGUAAUGUAAUUUUAUAGUAAAUGUAAUGUUGCUUAGAUGAAUGUCACCAGAAUUUCUCUCCAGCAGGGGAUAGAGUCUGAAAGAAUAAGAAAAUUUUAGUUGACUCAACAAAUUAAUAAUAAUUCAUAGAUUUAUAGGAUGCUACAGGUAGAGAAGAUUUUACAGAUCAGCUAAGGCAAUCUGGUCAUUUUAAAUAUUAAAAAACUGAAACUGCUCGGGGAGCCGCGGGCUUUGGUGCAGACAUGGCCAAGUCCAAGAACCACACCACACACAACCAGUCACGAAAAUGGCACAGAAAUGGCAUCAAGAAACCCCGGUCACAAAGAUAUGAAUCUCUUAAGGGGGUAGACCCCAAGUUCCUGAGGAACAUGCACUUUGCCAAGAAGCACAACAAGAAGGGCCUGAAGAAGAUGCAGGUCAACAAUGCCAAGGCCAUGACUGUGCGUGCUGAGGCUAUCAAGGCCCUUGUCAAGCCCAAGGAGGUUAAGCCCAAGAUCCCAAAGGGUGGCAGCCACAAGCUCAAUCGACUUGCCUACAUCGCUCACCCCAAGCUCGGGAAACGUGCUCGUGCCCGCAUUGCCAAAGGUCUCAGGCUCUGCUGGCCAAAGGCCAAGGCCAAGGCUCAAACCAAGGCCCAGGCUGAAGCUGCCACCCCAGCUCUGGCUCCGGCUCCUGCUUCUACUCCUGUUUCUACUCCUGCAGCGCAGGCUCCCAAAGGUGCCCAGGCCCCCACAAAGGCCCCAGUGUAGAGGCUUCUGCCUGCCAGUGUGAGGACGGAAGGACUGGUAUGACCCCUGGGCUUCUGUCUGCAUGGGCCUGGUGUCCUCCUGUGCUAUUUGUACAAAUAAACCUGCGGCAGGAAA